AUGGCUAUCAAUAGAAUUGCGAUUGGUUCGCCUGGAGAAGCUAGCCGUCCAGAUGCGAUCAGAGCGGCUUUUGCUGAGUUUUUCUCGAUGGUUAUAUUCGUUUUCGCAGGUCAAGGUUCCGGUAUGGCGUUUGGAAAGCUAACCGGAGACGGUCCAGCCACACCUUCUGGUUUAGUGGCAGCGUCUUUAUCUCAUGCGUUUGCAUUGUUCGUGGCCGUUUCCGUUGGAGCAAACGUUUCAGGUGGUCACGUGAAUCCCGCGGUCACGUUUGGAGCUUUCAUAGGUGGGAAUAUAACGUUUAUGAGAGCUAUUCUUUAUUGGAUCGCUCAGUUACUAGGAGCAGUAGUAGCUUGCUUGUUACUCAAGGUAAGUACCGGCGGGAUGGAAACGGCAGCGUUUUCGCUCUCUCAUGGAGUCACACCGUGGAACGCAGUCGUUUUCGAGAUUGUGAUGACGUUUGGGUUGGUUUACACUGUUUACGCUACUGCCGUGGAUCCCAAGAAAGGUGAUAUUGGAAUCAUUGCUCCUUUAGCGAUUGGGUUAAUCGUUGGAGCUAAUAUUCUCGUUGGUGGUGCGUUUGAUGGUGCUUCGAUGAACCCAGCGGUUUCGUUUGGUCCUGCCGUGGUUAGCUGGACUUGGACGAACCAUUGGGUCUAUUGGGUCGGUCCAUUUAUAGGUGCAGCCAUUGCAGCUAUUGUUUAUGACACUAUCUUUAUUGAUGGUAAUGGGCAUGAACCACUUCCUUCUAGUGAUUUCUAAGUUAGGGGUUUUCGUAUUUCUUCGAGAACAAGGAAGCUGAUG